AUGCCUUCAUCAAGUUCACAAGGAUGGAAGGGUGACACUUCUCCUUCAACUCGGACCGAGGCUAUGGUAGAGCAGGGGAUCAAUGAAAAAGACAAGUACAAUCAGCAUCUUUCUUCUUUUAAUUCAUUGGAUCAUCUAGAUGUCGAAUGCCUCUCAGAUUCCUUCGAAGAAUUCUCCCAACCGGGCGUCGAUCAAAACAGGUAUAAUCACAGCAAUCACCCAGAACGGCUUUUGGUGUCAGCCAAGGAAACAAGCCUGGUCAACACUAUUUUCGAAGCCAACAAUAUUGAAAGGGAGGAAUUCAUACCAAAGGAGUCUUCCAUUGAGAUCACAAAAGAUGAUUUUUCUGCGACUGCUCUCAAAUUUUCUGCCUCCAGGGUCCCUGACUUGUGUAUUAAACGCGCCCACUCUUCAUGGAUGGCGCAGGGCUACAAAGAAACUUCUCCUAUCUUGUACAAAACGUACUUUCCAUUCCUCGCAGCCAGAUGUCAAGAACUUUACACGCAGUGCCUCGACGAAGAGGUGAGAUCUACACCAAAGUUGCCUGUUCGUGUUGGCCGAAACGAUUUUAAGCAGCGUCUAAUUUCUGUGUGCAUCCCCUGCUACAAUGAGGAUGCAUCAUCUCUAAAGCUAUCACUCGAAUCGCUCCGAAACCAGAAUCUCCCACCCAAUAUUAGGAUGGAGAUUCUGGUAGCCGUGGAUGGUGUGGUACAGAUUUCUGAGUCUAUGGCUUCGUAUCUCUCGGAACUAUUUGGAAUCAGCUUCAAAGUUGGCCAUAGGAACAAUCCGUUCGAGCGUCUUCAAAGACCCAACGUUAUUGUUGUGGAGUCAACCUUAGACAACAAUAUCAUCUUUGGCACCCAUUUGACACUACUGAUCAAGCGAAAGAAUCGCCGCAAGGUCAAUUCUCAAGAGUGGUGGCUACGUUCCCAUGCUGUAGAUUCUUGCUGCGAAUUUGCCUUUGCUACCGAUUGUGGCAUAAUCUUUGAUGCAAAUUGUCUGCUACAAAUGCUGAAGCGUUCUGAUCGAGAACCGAACUUGUCCGGUUUGACCGGUUAUCAGCGUGUGAUGUCAGCACGGAUGCAGGAUGAUGAUGACUUUGAGUUUUUCAGCGACCCGGUAGGAUGUUUCUUGCGCCAAAUACAAUGUUACGACUUUGAGGUCAGCCAGUCUACAACCAAGUCGCUACUCAAUUCAUUAGGGUUUAUUCCAGUUCUUCCUGGCCCUUGCUCUUUUUUCCGAUUUGAGCACCUUCAUGGAGUGCUAGAUGAGUACUUUUCCCUUACGACAGCUACAAUCAAGGGCGACUAUGGAGGCAUUAUUCUUGGAAAUGUCCAACUGGCCGAAGAUCGAUUUCCUCCUGUUCUUUUGACAUUUCGCUCUAAAGAUAGCUGCCAACGCGCAGGAAUUGCUCGACCGAGAACUGGCUUCGUACACGACGCAGUGUUUUACUUUGAAGCGGAAAAACCCUUGCGCCAGCUGGUGACGCAACGACGCAGGUGGAUCAAUGGGUCUUAUACCGCUGCUUACUGGGUUCUUCUAGAUUCUUGGAUUGGAAAAGCUGAUCAUCUGAUUUUUGCCAAACUAGGAGCAUGUCUUAUUCUUCUAAUUGAGCUUUUGCAGGGAGCUCUGAUCCGUCUUUGUGUACCAGCCACCCUUUCCUGUGGGUUAAUGUAUAUGUGCACUAUUGUCCCCUCCAUAUACGCGAAAGAUACGGAGAGGGUGAGAGAAAUUCUGAACGGAAGUACAGUCGAGUCCAGUCUGGUGAGCAUAAGCAUUGUUGCUGCAGUUUUUGUGAUAUCCCACACACCCCAUGCCAUCCGUUUGACCGAUGAAGAUGGCGAAGUGCAAUGGGAGAGUGACCGUGACAGUGCCUAUCGCCCCGAGAAUAUUCUUCCUUGCCUUC